AUGGGUAUCACAAAGACUCUGGAUCGCGCAAAAGCAGCAGUGUGGUGGCCAGGAAUGAGUUCUCAAUUGAAAGAGACAGUGGAGAACUGCACUGUUUGCAGCAAAGAGCGCAGCAAUAGAACUGUACCUCUCAUUCCUACACCUUUGCCAAGUCGUCCCUGGCAAUGUGUCGGAACUGAUCUUUUCGAAUGGAAGGGACAAUCGUAUCUUCUCGUUGUAGACUAUUUGUUAAGGUAUCCAGAAAUAGCGAGACUAUCAGAUGCGACAUCAAAAGUUGUGAUUGAACACAUGAAAUCGUUUUUUUCCCGACAUGGAAUUCCCGAAGAAGUUCGAUCAGACAAUGGGCCUCAGUAUUCUUCUGCCGCAUUUGCAAAAUUCGCAAGCGAAUACAAAUUUUCGCAUAUUACUAGCAGUCCGCUACACCCUCAGAGUAAUGGCGAGGCUGAGCGGAUGGUCAGAACUGUGAAGAGUCUUCUCAAGAAAGCAACAGAUCCAUAUUUAGCAUUAUUGGCAUAUCGAGCUACACCACUAGCGAACGGAUUUUCACCAUCAGAAUUACUUAUGGGAAGACAGAUUCGAUCUGUUGUGCCGAAAUUACCUCACGUUUUACACCCAAGAGUACUUCCUUGGAAGGAGAUUCAAACGAAAGAAGCAAUUGGUAAAGAAGACCAAAAAAGAAGAUUCGACAAGCGACAUGCAACUAAAGUGCUGAAACCUUUAUCUGAGGGCACUACUGUUUGGGUGAGAGACCGGCGAGAACCGGGGAAAGUCUUACAAGAUGAGUCAACACCAAGGUCAUAUCGGUUGCAAACUCAGUCAACAACUGUUCGAAGAAACAGGCGACAUCUAGUGAACAUUCCACCAUCACAACAGGAGGAGAUUCCAGAGAAGACACCCCAACCUCACUUCGAAUCAGCACAUCAUCAAACGGAUACAUCUACAUUUACUACUCAAGAAAGCUGA